UUUGGUGGUAGUGGUGAUCCAAUAAUGUAUGAGUCUUAUUGGAGAAAAAUGGGCAAUAAAUGUGACAUUACAUUGAGUGGUUACCAAUCAUUGAGUUAUUUUGCUAAUGUUAAGAACUUGUGUUGGUUCCUUGAGCCUAAAUUAGAGGAAGAGAUUAAGAGGUUACACAAUUUGGUUGGAAAUGCAAUUGUGGAUGAUCAUUAUAUUGUUGUUGGUACUGGAUCAAGUCAACUUAUUCAAGCUUCACUUUAUGCUCUUUCACCUCCAAAUGAGCCUGAACCAAUCAGUGUAGUUUCAGCUGCACCUUUUUAUUCGGCAUAUGCAGAAGUGGUUAACUUUGUAAAGUCAGGGCUUUACAAAUGGGCAGGAGAUGCACACAAUUUUGUUAAAAAUGGAUCAUACAUUGAGCUAAUUACUUCACCAAAUAAUCCCAAUGGGGUUAUUAGAAAGCCUGUUGUUAAUGGAGAUGAAGGAAUAUUAAUACAUGAUUUAGCUUAUUAUUGGCCACAGUAUACUGCUAUUACCUCUCCUGCCAAUCAUGAUGUUAUGCUUUUUACAGUUUCCAAAUCCACUGGCCAUGCUGGAUCAAGAAUUGGUUGGGCUCUUGUUAGGGACAAAGAGGUAGCAAGGAAGAUGACAAAGUUCAUGGAAAUUAGCACCAUUGGUGUAUCUAAAGAAGCUCAACUUAGAGCUGCAAAGAUUCUUGGAAUGAUUUGUGAUAGUUGUUUGGAUCCAACGUUAGAUAACUUCUUUGAAUAUAACAAGUCUGUCAUGAUUGAAAGAUGGCAAAGGUUAAGACAAGUUGUUAAGGCCAAUGACCACUUCUUCACUCUUCCUAAAUACCCACUUCAGUAUUGUCUCUUCACAAGAAGUUUCUAUGAAACACAUCCUGCUUUUGCUUGGCUAAUGUGCAAAGGAAGUGAAGAUGACCUUGAGAAGCUUCUUAAGGGACAAAACAUUCUAACAAGAAGUGGGAAAAAAUUUGGGAGUAAUCCAAAAUGUGUUAGGUUAAGUAUGCUGAGUAGGGAUGAAGAUUUCAACAUUUUCUUGCAGAGGCUUAUGGUUAUUCAAAGAGUUACAAAUGCAAAUUAAGAGUUACUUCUUCUCUCAAAAUAAGUGUUGCUUCAGAAAUUAAAAAAAAAAAAAAAAAAGUUACAAAAUAAGUGUCGCUCUUUAAAAAUUCAAGACAAAAAAUAAUAGUUAUUGUUUUCAAUUACACCUUUAUGUUAGAGAAUAACGUCUUCUUUAUAGUGCUCAAUUCUGAAGAAACAUGUAACAAAUAAGGAUAAUUUAGUAAUAGACCCAGGGGCGAGCUAGCAAGAAGCCCCACCAUUUAUACAGCAUCUGAACUUUUUUUUGCGGAAAAUUAAACUAUAUAUUCAUGGCUAAAAUUAUUAUUUACGUAUAUAUAGUAGAUGUUGAACUUCC